AAGCCGGGGGACGGCGAGAGCACCCCGCCGGCCGCCGCCGAGGAGGAGCAGCCCAAGAAGAAGCACCGGCGGAACCGCACCACCUUCACCACGUACCAGCUGCACGAGCUGGAGCGCGCCUUCGAGAAGUCCCACUACCCCGACGUGUACAGCCGCGAGGAGCUGGCCAUGAAGGUCAACCUGCCAGAGGUCCGCGUGCAGGUCUGGUUCCAGAACCGACGAGCCAAGUGGAGGAGGCAGGAGAAGAUGGAGGCCAGUUCCAUGAAGCUCCACGACACCCCUGUGCUGUCCUUCAACCGGCCCCCCAUGACCCCCAACGUGGGGCCCAUGAGCAACUCCCUCCCGCUCGACCCAUGGCUGACAUCCCCCAUCUCCAGUGCCACCACGGUCCACAGCAUCCCUGGCUUCAUGGGAGCCCCCCAGGCCCUGCAGCCCCCCUAUGCUGGGCACUCCUUCCUCAACACCCCCCCGCCGAUGGCGCAGGGCAUGCAGCCCAUGGCCCCCGCGCCCUACCAGUGCAGCACCCCCUUUGUGGACAAGUACCCGCUGGAGGAGGUGGACCAGAGGAGCUCCAGCAUCGCCUCGCUCCGCAUGAAAGCCAAGGAGCACAUUCAGACCAUUGACAAGACCUGGCAGCCCAUUUGAUGAACGCUCCCCUCCGAGCUCCCCAGCCGCCGUCCUGGCUCGGCCCCGCGGCGGGCGAGGGGGGACAGCGGGUGCUCAGCAGGACC